UUUUUGUGGUAGUAGAUUGCUGAAUGGUUGUUGAAUAUUUUUCACUUUGCUUUUCAUGUUUACUUGCAAAAAUAAUUGUCUUUUCGAUAAAUUCGGACAGUAAAACGUCACAUACGAUAUUCAAAUAGUCAAUUUUAUGCAUUUUCAAAAUACAACUACAAAUCAGAAAUCAUGGAAAAUCCUGAGUCUAGUGGUGACAAUAGGCCAGGCCAAUUGUCUCCGACGUCAUGGUGCCAUCCUGCAAAUAGGUUCCAUAGGUUCAUAGCAUUAAUGUUAAUGUGCUUCCUUUGUUUUGGUUCCUAUUUUUGUUAUGACACUCCAGGCGCUCUUGCUGAUAAUUUCAAAGAUGACUCACAUUUAAACACAUCUCAAUUUGCAUUACUAUAUUCGAUAUACUCGUGGCCUAAUGUGAUAUUGUGUUUCAUUGGUGGUUAUCUUAUUGAUAGAUAUUUUGGAGUCAGAUUAGGAACUGUGAUAUACAUGACGAUUGUAUUUGUGGGAGCAGUUGUUUUUGCUGUUGGUGCUUACAUUAAUGCCUUUUGGUUGAUGAUUCUUGGUAGAUUUAUAUUUGGGAUUGGUGGAGAAUCGUUGCAAGUAGCUGUAAAUAACUAUGUAGUCCUUUGGUUUAAAGGAAAAGAAUUAAACAUGGUUUUUGGACUACAAUUAUCUUUUUCGAGAUUUGGAAGUACAGUAAAUUUUUGGGUCAUGGAACCUGUGUACCGAUGGGUGGGGAAUUAUUACGUAGGCUAUGAACGCCUUGGAGUUGCAUUAUUUUUAGCUGCACUCACUUGCCUCUUCUCUUUAAUAUGCGGUUUGAUUUUGGGCUGGAUGGACUACAGAGCAGAAAAGAUUUUGGGCCGUCAAGAAGAGGCUGAAAACAAGGAGCCAUUCCAACUUAAAGAUGUCCUUCACUUUAAAUCUAUUUUCUGGAUGGUUUCUGUAAUUUGUGUUGCAUAUUAUCUGGCAAUAUUUCCUUUCAUUGCUUUGGGAAAAUUAUUCUUUGAGCGAAAGUUUGACUUCAUCCCACAAGAUGCAAAUAAUGUGAACUCAAUGGUGUAUUUCCUCUCAGCGGCUCUAAGUCCGUUUUUCGGUAUUCUUAUUGACAAAACUGGAAGGAAUGUUACAUGGGUUAUAGUGAGCAUAGUGACCACAAUUGGAGCACAUUUCAUGUUGGCGUUUACAUUCUUCAAUCCGUACAUAGGAGUGAUCACAUUAGGAAUAUCCUACUCUCUGUUGGCCAGUGGUUUGUGGCCGUUGGUAGCAAUGAUUGUACCAGAAAAUCAAUUGGGAACUGCUUAUGGCAUCUGCCAGGCAGUUCAAAAUCUGGGAUUAGCCACUGUGAUCAUUUUAGCUGGAAUGAUAGUUGAUAAAUAUGGCUACCUCAUGUUGGAAAUGUUUUUCUUGGGAUGUCUUUUUGUUUCGUUGAUUGCUGCUGUUAUAAUAUACAUAAUGGAUUCAACAAGUAAUGGUGUACUCAAUAUGUCUCCAAGCAUGCGAGACUCCUUGAAAACGGACACGAAUACCACGGAAGAAACUGCCAAUUUAUUGGAUAACGAAGAUAAUGACGACCAUGAAGAGACUGAUUCGAGACCCAACGAGGAAUUGCAGCAGUCAAUUACACAGAGAGAUGUAGCACAAGUACAAUCUGAUAGAAUUCGUAGCAGAUAUCUGUCACAAAUAUUGCCAAAUACUAAUAUUCCAGAUAGACAGUAGCUAGUUUCAGAUUUGAAGUAGUAUUAGUAAAUCCUGUAAUAGUUUUAAGUAUUUUUAGGUUUGACUUAAUUAGACUAAAAUAAUGAAUGCAUGUCAAUCAUAUAUUUUUAUUUGCUUAAUCAUAUAUUCAUGUUUAUUUUGUAGUUUUAUACUUAUUUUUUCUUAUACAUAUCUAUAAAACAUUUAAUUAAUAUCUUCUAUUAGUUUAGAUCAAGGCACUAUGCAUUUGUACAAAUCAUAUUAUUCAAAUAAAUAUUUUAUAUCCUAAAAGUAAUUUGUAGAAUAGUAAAUGAUGGUGACUGAAAACGUUAUUUUUUAUACAAUCUGCAUUUCAAUAACAUACAUA